UCUCACUAACCACACAACAGAGAAGUAAUAAAACCCAUUUGUGGAAAGACAGAAAACAAAGAAACUAGUUAUGGCGAAGGACGUGGAAGCUGUUUCCGGAGAAGGGUUUCAGACAAGAGACUAUCAAGAUCCACCGCCGGCGCCUCUGUUUGAUCCGGAGGAGCUGACCAAGUGGUCUUUUUACAGAGCUGUCAUUGCCGAGUUCGUAGCUACUCUCCUCUUCUUAUACAUCACCGUUUUGACAGUCAUCGGUUACAAGAUUCAGACCGAUAGUACCGCCGGCGGCGUUGACUGCGGUGGAGUUGGGAUCCUAGGUAUCGCUUGGGCUUUUGGUGGCAUGAUCUUCAUCCUUGUCUACUGCACCGCCGGUAUCUCUGGUGGUCACAUUAACCCGGCAGUGACAUUCGGGCUACUCUUGGCACGUAAAGUGUCGUUGGUUAGAGCCAUAUUGUACAUGGUAGCUCAGUGUUUGGGUGCGAUAUGUGGAGUUGGGUUCGUCAAAGCCUUCCAAAGCUCUUACUACGUUCGUUACGGCGGUGGAGCCAACUCUCUAGCCGACGGCUACAGCACAGGAACAGGCCUCGCCGCAGAGAUCAUCGGUACUUUCGUUCUUGUCUACACCGUCUUCUCCGCCACUGACCCUAAACGUAGUGCCAGAGACUCCCACGUCCCAGUGUUGGCGCCACUUCCCAUUGGAUUUGCGGUGUUCAUGGUGCACUUGGCUACCAUUCCCAUCACCGGAACUGGAAUCAACCCGGCAAGGAGUUUCGGAGCAGCCGUUAUCUUCAAUGAGAGCAAGCCAUGGGAUGACCACUGGAUAUUUUGGGUGGGACCAUUCGUUGGAGCUGCGAUAGCUGCAUUCUACCACCAGUUCGUUCUGAGGGCUUCAGGUUCCAAGUCUCUCGGAUCUUUCAGAAGUGCUGCCAACGUCUAAACACUCUCUCAUUCACCAAGCAGAUUCUGAAAUAAUAAAGAUGAUAUGUACAAAUUAUCCAAAUCAGUUUCAGUUUGUUAUCUUAUCUGUGUGUUUUCUACUUGCUCUUUAGUGUGUUUUCGUUGAGUGUAAUUGUUAUUAUUUUACGCCAAUGUCAAGUUUAUCAAGUGAUUGGAAUUGAAAAUCAAAGAGGUUAUGGUUUGAGUUUGUU